AUGGAAUCGACGAACGCGAUCAUGUACCCGCCUAUCAUCGCCGAUAACGCUUUGAUGAUGAGCAUAGAAGCGCUAGACAGGACGUCAGUGUCGCAAGUAUUCGCUGAGAGGCCGAUUGUCAGGGCUGCUGGCAUACUCAGGCGAGACUCCUCCACGGAGAUCAUCGACGUGAACAAACUGUCACAGAAGAGCACGUCGGUCAUUCAAUACGUAGAAGUCGCCGACACGGAUGGCCGCCUCUACUGCGUGGACGGCCUCGUCAGCGCGUCGUGCUGGCUGAAGAUCGUUACCCUCGCGAAGGACUGCCAAAGCUGCAACGUCCUUCUAAUGACCACCGACAAGGGAGUGAUCUUAAAGACCAUCAGGAACGUGACGCCGGGCGAGCCGCUGCUAAUGUGGUUCACGGAGAACAUUCUGGCCAUGCUGAACAUGCCUUUCCUAACGCCGUGCAACAUCCAAGGUCAGAAUCGUUACAUCUGCCACAUGUGCCACAACCUGUUCGAGUACCCGAACCCGUUGAAGAUCCACUUAGCCCUGAAGUGCAACCGAUUGGACAGCAAUCACCUGUGGACGGUCCUGGCGAAGGAGUUCAGCGUCUCGGGUUCAAGGACGAACCUGUCCCUCAGCCUGUUCCCACAGUCGACGUUCAGGUUCGAGCUGACCAGGUCGCCGCAGACGUCGCCAAGCAGAACAUCACCUGUCCUCGACGAGAACAUGGAUUCGAACCCGUCUCUUCCCAACAAUUCACCGGAAUCGUCGAAUCAACCGUCGCCGUCGUCCUCAUCGAACCAGCCGUCACCGAACUCGUCGUCGACGCAGGUCUCGCCGAACUCUUCCUCGCAGCUGUCUCCCACCGAGAAGGAGAUCGGCUACCGGCACUCGGCGUUCAAGCCGUACAUGAACCAGAGCAACGUGUUCGCGAACGUUUGCCCGCCGGCGAGGGACGACAGCGUCCUCGCGCCGUACAACGUGCAGGCGACCGCGACGCCGAUGGCCACGGACGCGCACGCCGCUCAAAUGGAGACGAUCGUCAGCAACCUCGGGAAAUCGAAGCAGGGUCACCUGUGCAUCUACUGCGGCAAGGUCUACUCGAGGAAGUACGGGCUGAAGAUACACAUCAGGACGCACACCGGCUACAAACCACUGAAAUGCAAGUACUGUCUGCGACCGUUCGGCGACCCCAGCAACCUGAACAAGCACGUGCGAUUGCACGCGGACGGAGAGACGCCGUACAAGUGCGACCUCUGCGGGAAAGUGUUGGUCAGGAGGAGAGACCUCGAAAGGCACAUCAGAUCCAGGCACCAGGAGAACGUCGAUCAAAACUCGGACACCUCGUCGGACGGCAUCGACGUCUGA